AUUCUAGUCACAUAGAGAGUCUUUACUGGUGCCUCGUCUUCAGCACUUCAGGUGCAUCGUCAUGAUGCGGAAGCCACUAGUUGCCGCACUCGCGGCCGCCGCGUCGGUUCGUCAUGUGGACGCCUGCACGGCGUCAGUGUUUCAGGUGAGAACAACGCUUGGCGUUGAAGAGCAGGAACAACUCACAAAUAUCAGGCCAUUAUCACUGUUGGGAUUCUAAACUACAGAUGAAAGAAGAACCAACGCGAACACAUCGGCUCAUUCAUUAUUUUUAAAACCUUUCUUGUUCUUCAGGCCGCCGGCACAAAGGACAAAGUGGCUUUUGCGGGUAUGAAUGCGGAUUGUUCAAAUUGCGACCCGCGCCUGGCCUACGUGUCGCCAAAAGACUUCGAGAGCAGCGACAAGCGUCCCGUGUACCAAUUCAUGGGCUCCGCGCCCCGAUGGGUUGGCUACGGCCGCGGUAAUUUCUACGAGCCGAAAGACGGCGAGAGGCCGCAUCCACCGAUCACACACAUUCCAGAAGUACCGCACACCAACGGCUACUGGGAGGGUGUGCUGCCGCUAAUCAACGACAAGGGACUGAGUAUCGUUCAACUGGGAGUGAUUAUAGGCUUUUUUUUACAUCAACAUCUGUCCCUCGUGCGAGUGCGUCUUCGUUGGCUCGCGAUGGCCCCCUACGUUUGAAUUUUGAUCUCAAACAUACGCAACUUUUUCUAUGAAGAACAAAUCCUCUUUCAGGUAUGGGCGAGUCUUCGUGCGCCGCCCGUCUGAUGAACUACCCCGCUGACCAAGCGAAAGGGCCCGGCACUGGCGUCGCGGCCUAUCUCGAUCUCACGUCCCUGAUGCAGAUUGCCAUGGAGCGCUGCGCAACCGCAAUGUGUGCGGUAAAGACCAUGGGCGAAAUGGCGGAGAAGUACGGUUUUUACCCGAUGCCCAACGAGUGGACCCCGGGCAAGGAGGCCGACGGUCGCGUGACCAUUGACGACGCCGGCGAGGCGAUCACGAUCGCCGACACCACGGGCGACGCUUGGGUUUUCCAUGUGGUGGGCGGUAUUCCGGAAGUGCCCGAAGCGAAGUCCGUGUGGGCCGCACAGCGCGUGCCGAAGGGCCACGCGGCCUUCAUCGCCAACAACUUCAUCCUCCGCGAGGUACCGGCGGAGCCCACCGCCGACAUUUUGUUUUCCGCGAAGCUGCACGCCGUGGCCGAGAAAGCUGGCUUGUGGAAGCCGACCUACGCGCUCGACGGGACGACCGUGACGAACCAACUACACUUCACGAAAACCUUCGCGCCAGAUACGGUCACGUUCACCACCAAGGGGCAGCCGAUCCCGCUGUACGCCAGUCUCCGGCUGUGGCGGGCCUUGAACCUGGUGGCGCCGUCCAAGAAAUUUCCGCUGGUGCAAGACCCGAUGGACUACCCGUGGGCUGUACCCGUCGAAAAGGCGAUCGAGCGCGAGGACAUCUUCAAGAUCCAUGGCGAUCUGUACAAGGACACGGAGUUCGACCUGGGCAAGGGCGCCCUCGCCGGGCCCUUCGGCAACCCCUUUCCGGUCGAGGGCGGCGUGGCGAGCAGCCUCGUGGGACAGAUUCCCCGGGGGAUCAGCAUCGCGCGCACCGUAUACGGUGUCGUGAACGAAGCGCAGCCCGCGGAUCAGGCCGUCAGCUGGUUUGCGGUCGACACGCCCGCAACGAGCGUUUUUGUGCCCGUUCUGGCGGUACUUCUUUUUGACUUGUUGAUGAAUUCUGCGGGCAAACUGUGACCACACCUGAAUAUAGCAAAAAUAGUGACUCAUCAGCGAAAACACGAUUUUCUGAAAAUCUCAACCAACACACAGCGGUCUUCCCACGUAGCGGAGCCGUACUACACGGGGACAAACCGCGAGUACACGCGAAAGUCCGCCUGGUGGGCGUUUGAUUUCGUGUCCAACUGGAUGAAAAUCAACUUCAACAUGAUGGCGGAAAAGGACGUCUACCCAGAGAAACAGAAGCUCCAAGCCAUGCUCGAACAGGAGUACGAAUCGAAAAUGAAAACCAAAACGUUAUCAUAAGAAAAAAUCUACCCUCCCCAUAUCGAAACGGCAUGCCUCAGAAAAUUUGCAAUGCGGAUUUGUGACCACAACUCGCAUCUGUAUUGCAAGAAGGCAACUCCACAGGCUUCGCCGCAUUAUGCCGGCGGUCUGUGAUGCUGGUGUGCCUACAGCAUGGACGUUUCUCAUGCUAAACGCCUAGGCCCCCCUCUCUACUCAGGCCUGCAAUGGGCCUGCAGUCCUUCACUGCAAGACACAGCUGAUUUGUGUACGCAAAUCCAGCAGCAGAAACUUCGUUUCGAUAUGGGGAGGGGGGAUUUUUUCUUCUGAUAAACGUCCCGCAACGACGGCUGGGUCCAGACGGACUGGAACGACUGGCAAAAGAAGCUGCAGCGCGAAGUCGUGCGGAAAUGGUGGGACCUCGCGGAUUCCCUGAUCGUGAAGUACAACGACGGGUUUCUGAACGACCCGAAAGGUACCAUCGGCGCCCCCUACGGCUACCCGCUGGAGUUUGCGGAAGCGAUCAGCUUCAACGGCGACAUUCAUCCCAUUGCGAUCGAGCGCAAACUUGUUCCGGAGAAAACCAAACUGCCAACCACCUGGAACGCGCUGCAAAGCACCUGGCUCUACCAGCAGCCAAAAGUGGGUGAGAAAGCGGAGCUGCUAGAAACAGGUGCAGCAGCGGCGGUGUCACCGGCAGUGACGUUGGUGGAAAGAUCGGGCGAAGAUGCGAAGGUAGCUGAGUGCUGAUUCUUCAGUUUGAUGUAGUUGCUAUGCCUUUCAUGAUGUACUUUGAAGGGCUUCAUUUAGUACGUACCAGUCUUGUACAGCGGAAGACUUUAGAACUUCACCAAAACGACUACACACAGAUCCACGUUACACACCAGCAAGCACUCUCCAUCCCAAGCGCGAUGCCGUUUAUGAUGCUGGUGCUCGGCCUGAGUGUGGGGUUUGUCUUCGGCCGCCGCAGUUCUGCCGCCACUGCAGACGACAUGAGCUACGCGCCCCUUGUGUAGUGAGCGACACGCUCUCUGCUUUUGUACGUAGUUUCAUGAAGUACAAUUUCUGCCCCCGCUGACAACCGUGUAACAAAGCUACAAGGUCUUUCAUGUUAUUUCAGCACGCAACACUUUUUAAACUACAACAUUGCUCGACGCUUGCGAGUCUUCUACUCGGAUGCCGGCCUGCUCGUAGUUCUUCCCAUUCGAGGGCUGCUAGCAACCGAGAAGUAGAUGAUAGCUCGGCUAAAAAAUCGCAAAUGAACUAGUACGACUACCAUCAUCUCAUCUGUGUAAUUCAGCAUGCAACUACUAGAUUUAGAUGUACAUCAAGCCAAGAAAAACGUAGUCGUAGUCAGAGUACUUCUGCCAGGUGAACACAUGUUUCAAGCUCAACACCCUCAUGACCCACAUUGAUGCUUCGCGGAAGCUAUGAUUAUACCAACACCAAGAAUACGUAUACAGUGCAUGAAAUUGAAAUCAGCAUACCUAUCCGCCGGAACUUCUAUGCAGCCACUCUUUUACAUUCUUCCAUCUAUCAUCGUAUCAGAAAACUCCAGCUGCGACGCAUGUGCAUGUUCCGCAGCCGGAGCUGGAUUGACCUUUGACGGGCAACAGGGAACAUGCUGAGCUGUUGAGAUCAGGUUGAUUCUGAGCCGCCGUGAAAUAGCGGCACAGCGGGAACAUGACGAUGCGUAUGCCGCAGGGUGAAGAAGCGCAUAGAGAGUUUUUCAAAAGUACGGCCUAUGAAAAAAGUAGGGGG